AUGGGCCGGCCUAUCAAGCUCGGCGUCCCGAAAGUCCCUGAAGACGAACAUGCCCGAGUACAAAGCACCCAACCCACCAAUGACCAGAGCCACUCACAAACGGAGCAAGCCACCGGCGCCGGCGGGGACACUGGAGCCGGAACGACCCGUCCAAAGACGGAAGCCGAGCUUGAGGCUGACCGGCUUUACGAGGAAGCAAUAGAGGAGGAGUAUGCCAAGAGAGAUGGUGGCUCGUAA